AUGGCCAGGGGACGAAAGCAGGACACCUUGGAUGAAGAUUUCGCCUUGAUGCCAAACAAUCCUGACCAGGUUUACUGCAAGGUCUGCACCCAGUAUAACCUUGGAGACUAUGGAAGCCGAUCGCACAAGAGAAAGGGAUAUAGGUCGCACAAGACUUCGAAACUUCACAAAGAUUCCGAGAGACUUCGGGACCUGGAGGAGCGCGCCAUCUUCGAACGUGCCCAAGAAGAAAAUAUCACUUUAUUGCAUUCGCAAUCCAUUGCCAUUGAAGACCUUGGCGUUUCUUUUGCAAUCAACGACCAGAUUGAAGCACGCCAUGCGCCAGUUUUAGCAGCAGAGCAGUCCAUGUGGGAUGCUUUUGACUCUGGACAAGAGCAGCUGGUUAUCGACGAUCGAGAAUCAAGGGAACAAGAAAAACGUGCCAGGGAAUUUGAAGAACGAGCGAAGAUUUAUGGCCUUUGGGGACAGUUCGACGAUGUUCCCCCUGAACUGGACGGGAAGACGGUUGACUCAGUCCUUGAGGAGCAAGAGUACGACGACGAACUCACCGAGCUUCUGAUUGGGACUGAACCUGGGCUGGAGGAAAUCCUCGCUCAUGAGUUCAACCGCACACCAUCAAGUGAUCCCCUUUGGCACCCAUACCCUUCGAAACUCACUUUCCUUCUGGACGCGUUCGACAACAUGCCCCGCCUUCGACUUUCCGCCGGCCUUCUGAAGGUUUUAUUAUGGCUUCUACGAGAACUUGGUGUCCAAAACGUACCAGGCUACGUGACAUUCCGAAAGCUUCAGGAGCGACUUCGUAAUGAAUGUGGUGUACGAAGUGAACCUUGCGUCUCUCCGAAGGGUAAUGCCUUCUACUUCAACAACCCUGCAGACGUGAUACGAAAUGACUGGUGCAACCCAGAGGUUGCCCGACACAUACGACGAUACAUCCCUAUCUCAAAGGACAGCGUGAUCUCAGAAAUCUGGCAUGGGACGAAGUGGCGCUUUGACCUUGAUAGGCAUGCGCUGAGUCCCAUGUACGACAACGGCCUUUAUCACUUUUACGUUGAUGAGCUGGCUCAGUUAGAAGACGGGUCACUUGUUGUACCUGUCCGCUGGUUAGAGGAUGAGAGUGGGGGUGUCUUUGCAGAUGCGUGGAAGGUCAAAAAAAACGACGAUGGCUCGGCAACUGUGGUGGAUUCUGAAGGCGAAACCAUUGUUAUUGAAGCAGCACAUUUGAAGCUGAACCUGCCAGCGCUCGAGGAGCUCCAUCUUGUUCCGAUUUGGAGCGCCGAGACAGUGAACGCUGGCCAUCCAGCGCGGAUGCCAAACCCAGACAGAGCGCUUGCUGGCGGCGAGCCUCUAUACACCUCUUUCAUCGACAUAUUUGCAGAUGAUGUAUCAGGUAAUAGGUCAAAAAGUUGGAAUAAGCAUUGGAACCUGUACACCACGCACCGAAAUCUUCCACGACAGAUGCUCUUCCAAGAAUCGAACAUCCAUUUCAUCUCCACUUCCCAAAAUGCGAGCAUAGCCGAACAGUUCCGAGCAGUAAAGGACGUGAUUGAGGGAACCCACAAGGCCCCCAUCAAGGCGUAUGACGCUCAUAGGAAGGAGAGAAUACGUCUGAGACUCCAGUGCAACUGCGGACCGGGUGACAAUCCAUCACAGAGCGAGAGCUCGGGACACAUUGGCGGGAAGGGGAAUUUUCCAUGCCGCAAAUGUAAAGUCGGCGGGACACAAAAAGAAAAGGAAACCGACAAAGGAUUCCACUCGUUUUUCGAAAAAGGGGAAGAUCGUACCUUGGAGGAGACCCUUGCUGGGGUUGACGAGCAGAUUAGAACUGCCUGCACGGGUGUAGCUGCGAGGGUUGCCAAACUGCAAACGGAGACAGGGAUAAAAGAUGCUUACGCACAACACUGGAUUGAAGAUCUCAUCGAAAGAUCGAGGAAAGCACAGAAGGACGAGGGAAAGAACCAAGAGGAAGCACGCACUAUGUUAAUGCAAUGGGUUGAUGCCAAUGAGGAUAAGAUAUAUAAUCCUUUUUUGAAACUGAACUAUUGUGAUUUCACAAAGGACACACCAGUGGAGAUCCUUCACACUGUUCUUUUAGGCGCCGUCAAGUACUCGUGGCAUGGGACCCAUACCGCUUGGACAGAUGCACAGAAAAGCCUGUUCUCUACUCGACUGCAGUCCACGGCAGCAUCAGGUUUAUCCAUCCCCCCGAUCCGAGCAGCAUACAUUAUGCAGUACGCUAAUUCUCUCAUCGGACGCCAGUUCAAGAUUCUUGUCCAAACGAAUACGUUUCAUGUUCACGAUCUUGUGUCCCCCGCCCAAUAUGCCUUUGUCAAGGCAAUGGGUGAUCUGUCCGCGUUGCUGUGGUAUCCAGAGAUACGGAAUCCUGACGACUACUUUUCCGACGUUGAGGUUGCUGUUGCCAACGUAUUAGAUGCCGCCGCUCAGAUUGAUCCUUCGAAAAUCAUUGCGAAAAUCAAGUACCAUCUCCUUGUCCACAUCACCGACGACAUUAGGCGCCACGGUCCAAUCAUCGGGGUCGCAACUGAGAGUUAUGAAUCCUUUAAUACGAUUUUCCGACUUUGCUCAGUCCUUUCCAAUCACCUCGCCCCUAGUCGUGAUAUUGCCUACCAGCUUUCGGAGCAAGAGACAGUGAGGCACCUCCUGUCUGGCGGUAGAUGGUUCAACCGCGAAUUAGGGGAAUGGGACAGCCCAGGGCGUAGCCUCAUCAACUAUGUUGCGAAGUCGGAGCCAUUGAAACGCCUUUUUGCACUUAACAAAACGUUUGAGCAACCGCCAGCAGGUACAGUUCGCUUAGCCAAACCACAGAGUGCUUCCGGGACCCGACAGGAGUUUGAAUGGACACAGAUUUCCUUCGUUCCUCCGGGGACGAUUAUGGCUGAUCCUACUUGGGCUUCGCCCAUCUUCCGCUGGUUUCUGGGCCAAUCUGUCAUUUCAGGCUCUGGUGACAAGUGCGUUGUAGGAUCUUGGAUCUUUACACACUUUCGGACAGCUUCUGAAGAGAUUAUUGCCGGUCGAAUCAUCGCAAUACUGAGACAAACAACCACGGAAGCGAGUGUGAUUAUCUUGCAACGCUUCCAAAUCUCGCACAGAAGGCACGAGGUGUACUCCAUGCCGGUCCUCGUCAGGCCCUUCGGCGAGACAGCAGUAAUUGCUGUAGCGGGCUUGUCCAUCCUCUUUGAAUUCAACGCGCAGCAUGAUUGUUAUCAUGGCAAGUGUCUUCCCACCGGUGAGCGGCGUGUCAGGCAGGAGCGGAUGGAACUGGGUCGCGUGGAGAAGCACAUUCAACACACGGAUGAUCUUCGCUUCGUGAUUAAUACCCAUGCUCUACAUAACGCCCACCUACUUCGAUUGGUUGUACCCGGGGAGCUCAUUCGUCCACUACCUCUUGUCCAAGACCGUGCAGCUUGCCAUCGAGAGCUCUCAAAGUUGUUGCGAGCCUCACAUGCAGAUUCCCAUGCCCCCGACACUGGUGAUAGGGCAGGCGGAAAUCCGGCGAAGAAAAGGAAGCAAGACGAUCAAGCAGCCCAGCACGAGCGUGGAUUAAACGAACAGCUAGUGCCCGGACAGAUCAACUUCCAGGUCGAGCUCACUCCUCGUGAAGAGCCUUGGUAG